AAAAAUCAGAAAACGCACAAAUCCAAAUUUCUUAGGGAGUUGCGUGGCUUCUGGUCCUUACGGCAUAUAUCUCCAGACAUGUCUUCAGGCAUUAAACCUUCAGCAGAAUGUGAAGCCACGUAUAAAGAAAUGAAAAUGAACCACUGUUACCGCUAUAUCUUGUUUCAGAUCGUUAAUAAUGAAAUAAGUGUAAUCAAAAUUGCUCCUAGAGAUGAAAGUAUAUCACAAUUUCAAAAUGAAGUUAUAAAGUACCAAGACAAGGGGUGCUAUGGUGUAUUAGACUAUGAAUGUGAAGGUGUUAAAGGGUCGAACUUAAUAUACUUCUCAUUAGUGUCCGAUUCUGCACCUCCCACAGCAAGAAUGUUAUACGCGACAACGAGAAAGACGCUGAAAUUAAGUUUCGACGGGAUAAAAGCUGAUAUUGAGGCUCACGACAUCAAUGAACUAAUGGAGAAAGUAAAGACCAGUUCAGCGACAGAUAAAAGCACAACUCGAUAAGUUAUCAAUAUUAUAAGACCACCUUCUGAGUCUGCUAAAAUGCUGUAAAGUAAAUAAGAUUUUAAUGUGUAUACUGUUUGAUACCUUCACAAAUCGUCGUAAAAUACAAGUCGGUUUUUUCUACGAUAUUUAACUUAUUAACUGGAAAAUAUAUGAGUUGAAGUGUAAGUGUUUAUAUUCAAACCGUAA